GUCAAUUCCCCUUUUUCUUUCCCAAACAAUUUAGCAGAAACAAUAUUCGACGGCAACUUUGCACAAGACGAGGAAUCGUGAAUCAUCAAACUUCGUCUAUGUACAUCAAACUUCUUACAUAUUGAUUCCUAGGCAGACAUAUUUCUACUUUGCUUCCUCACGAAUAAUACCCCGUCGUCUUUCUCCUUACGCUCAGCAAUUCUCUCGGCAAUUGACAAUUGACGGAAAUGUCACGGCUCGUCUGAAAACUAAUUUGUACGCCGGUUACUACUGAUCAACCGCGACUUUGAAAAUGGCAGGGAUAGAGCAACUAGAAAUCCACAGCAAGUCCUACAUUGUGCGAUGGGUUAAGGUCGACGAAGGCCAAACUAUUUCAUGGAGUGUCCAGCCGCAUAAGAAGUCGAUUAAUUUUGGCAUCGUUAAACACCCCGGCACCGGCGCGACAAACCCUAUCCCGACACUGGACGGCUCAAAUACCGAUGUCGAACAUGUUGAUGGCCAAGGAAAGGGUAGUCGCUUUGCGAAGAAAGAUGCUAGCACGGCACAGGAGCAACUGGCUAGUAAGGGGUUCAUUCCAGUGAAAUGGUAUGGAAAAUGCGAGGCCGACAAAGUAUCCAUGGGAACAUAUGAUGUGUUCAAGGGUUAUGGAGGGAUGUUCGGCUUAAUAUUUGACAAUACCUUCUCAAAGCAAACGUCCAAGACAGCGACCUUCGUCCUUCUUACCUACCCUACAGGUGCACCGCCGCAAGGAGCACACCAUCUCCCAAACCUCCAAGCCAAUUCCCACGCAAACAGCAGUAGGACUAGCCUCGGAAAAUCAAACCCGCAUCUAGGGGAUAUUCCUGCCGACUCUACUGAGAGUUUACAGAGUCACCCGGCCGGCCGCCAACGGGCCAAGUCUAUGGGUGCUCGUAGUGAUGGAAUAGCAUCGUCAACUACAUACACGGGUACUCUAUUGAAGAGGCGGAGAAAGAAGGGCCAGGGCUAUGCCCGUAGAUUCUUUUCCCUGGACUAUUCGUCUUGCACCAUGUCAUAUUAUCACAAUCGAAACUCGUCUGCAUUAAGAGGAGCUAUUCCCCUAAGCUUGGCUGCAAUUGCCGCAGAUGAGCGACGGAGAGAAAUCAAUAUCGAUUCUGGAGCAGAAGUUUGGCAUCUAAGGGCAUCUAAUGCUAAGGAAUUCAACGAAUGGGCACGUGCCUUAGAAAAGGCAAGUAGGAUCGCAAGGGGCCUCGAACCAAUGCUUGAGGAACCUUCUCCCGAAAAGCCUACCGUGGCAACUCCUAAGCAAGCCAGCUUGCCGAACUCACAGCAAGAUGAAGACCGGGACUGGGAACAAGUUGAGACGUUGGUUAGCCGUAUUGUCGGUACGCGAGAUGCUCUGCGCCGUUUGGUCAAAGAUAUAGCUGUACAGAAACAACCACAACGCCCUCAAAGCUCACACUUAUCUCCAGCUUCCCCGGCGGCUCUUCCAGAGAGUGGUGAUGGUUACUUUACCCCAGCGGCACAGGACAAGCGCCCAUUCUGGAAGAGAAAGCAAAGCGCCUCGCCUCUUCCGCCAGAUUCGUCGACACCAGGAGCCUCGUCGGCUUUGGCUAUUCCAACACCCGGAUCAGUAGCUACGAUAAAACCGAAUGGGUCUAGCCACGGUGAGAAAACGGAGCAAAAUACACACGACCACUGUGCUGCUCUUCUGAAUGACUUGGAUUCGGUUGUCUCAGAGUUCACUAAGGUACUUGCUAAUAGCAAGAGACGGCGAAUACCAAUGCCUUGUCCUUCUACGUCUCGAAGAAGUCUCGAGUCCACAGCGUCAACUGAAGAGUUCUUUGAUGCUGAGGGAGGCGAAACGGAUAGCAGAGCGCAGGUUAUGAUGAUUGGUCGCCGUGAGAGCGAUGAAGAUUCCCACGAAUCCGAGGCUGAUGAUGCUACUAUUGAUGACACAUCUUCAACAUCGUCCGUGGAAGAUGGUGAAGGGAAUACAGGAGCUAGUGGUGCCGCGGCUCUUUUCCCUGUCCGACCCAAAUCUCUGGCUCCAUUACCGGUCGACAUCGCUGUAGAACGACGAAAAACUAUCCCCGCGGCUACUGUUCCGCCACCUAGUCUAAUCGCAUUCUUUCGCAAAAACGUUGGCAAAGAUUUAAGUACGAUUAGCAUGCCUGUCUCGUCCAACGAGCCUAUAUCGACACUGCAGCGUGUGGCCGAACAGCUCGAGUAUGCCCAGCUUCUUGACCAAGCAGCGCAGCAGAAAGCUCCAAAGGACCGCAUGGUAUACGUUACUGCAUUUGCUAUUUCUAAUCUUAGCGUCAACCGUGUAAAAGAGCGUGCCAUGCGUAAACCAUUCAACCCCCUUCUAGGCGAAACUUUCGAGCUUCUUCGUACCGAGAGCGAGGUUCCCGGUGGAUUUAGGCUUAUUGUUGAGAAGGUCACCCACCGUCCGCUGCGCGUUGCAAUGCAUGCCGAUGCUGCAGUCUGGUCGCUCACGCAAAGCCCCGCUCCAUCACAGAAAUUCUGGGGUAAGAGUGCCGAAUUGACUACUGAAGGACGGGUUCGCGUAGCCUUGCGACUCCCAGAUGGCACCGAUGAGCUAUAUUCGUGGAAUAUUGCGACUAUGUUCUUGAGAAAUGUCGUCAUGGGCGAGAAAUAUGUUGAACCGGUUGGGACGAUGACCGUAUGCAACGAUUCUACAGGAGCAAAAGCUAACAUCGAAUUCAAAACGAAGGGUAUGUUCGGCGGCCGGAGCGAAGACGUUGAGGUCCAAGUCUGUGAUGCGGAUGGAAGCCAGACUGGAACCGGCCUCGUAGGCAAUUGGACAUCUUCACUUCGCGUUGUGGAGGGUGGCAAAACAACCAACAAGGAGGUCUGGAAGGCUGGUCAACUAGUUCCCAACGCGCCAAACACUUACGGCCUGCCGGAAUUUAGCGCCACGCUUAACGAAAUAACACCCGUUGAGGAGGGUCGGCUACCACCUACAGACACCCGAUUGCGUCCUGACCAGCGGCUUGCGGAGCAAGGCAAACUUGACGAUGCCGAAGAGUGGAAGGUGACGCUCGAGGAGGCGCAGCGCGCAAGGAGGAGAGAUCUGGAAACGAAGGGCGAAGAGUAUAAGCCGCGAUGGUUCGUCAAGGUGCCUGAAGCGCCGGACGGAGAAGAGUUGUGGAAGUUGAAGCUGGGCAAAGAGGGCUACUGGGAGGAGAGGGCGAAAGGGGAAUGGAAGGGCGUCGAACGUAUAUUUGAAGCCCCAGCCUGAUCAAGCAAGAGCCCGGUUAGAAGUUAAGCCUUGCUGGCAAAAUAGGCGACUCAAUUCCGUGUGAGAAUAUGCCGCGUGGCACGAUUGUUAACCGCAUAUAAGCAGUUUUGCGUUAUGGAUGUUGAACUGGAGUUGUAAAGGACAGGUCAGGCGCGCAAAUAGAAGGACUUCAUACACAUUAGAUCUACACCGCAGCUUUGCUCAGCAAGCAAGCAAGCAAACUCGCAUACUCUGUUUUAAUCUAACAUUAAAAAUAGCCCGUCCUAACUACUGGAUUCUACAUUCCGUCGUCUUAUUGCUCCUAUCGUUCAUAACAAGAUUGCCUAAGAUAACGAAUCUAUGCUACGUGAUAAUGGUUGUGGGG